AACUCAUUCUUCCAUUUUCUCUCUUUUAGGUCUUCUUCAAAACCUUCUUUCUCUCUGACAUUAGAUCCGAGAGAGAAAGAACAAAAGAGAGAAAGAGGUCCUUUCUCGAGAGAGAAAUAUAACAAUAUAAACCAACAUUAUUAUGGGUAAUUGUAGCAGUGCACCUAAAACCAAGGAAGAUGACAAUGUCCCGGAACCUGAGGCUCAAAAAGAAGGUUCAUUGAAGGGCAACAAUGAAGAGGUUAAGGUAGAUCAACAAGAAGAAAAAACCAUUGAAACCACAAGCAGUGAAGAGAAGAAGAGUGAUGCUGAUGAUGAGAAUAAGGCUGUUGAAGAUGAUGACAACAACAGACAAUCUCUUGGAGCUUUACUCAAUGAGGACGAAGAGAAGAAGGAAACCGAAAAGAAAGCCGAUCAACCCGAAGUUGCAUUAGCUCCAAAAGAAGAAAAGGAAGAGCCAAAGACAGAGGUAAAGGAAGUCCCAACUGAAACAAAGACAGAAGAGGAGGCAACACCAAAGGAAGAGACCGAGAUAACAACAAUCGAAGAAGUAAAAACUGAGGUUAAAGAAACCUCAGAAGAGAAGAAGCCUGAAAAUGCACCUGUUGUAGCAUAAAACAAAAGAAUGGAAAAAGGAAAAAAAAAAAAUGAAGACCUCCCAAAGGGAAUAAAUAUGCAAGAGCUUGAAAAACUUUUGUACUUUAACGUUGAAGAUAUAUAACUUUGUGUUUCCAAUUUUGUAUUGAAGCACAAAGCAAAUUAGUCUUUGCA